CCUGCUGUGCAGCACUAGGGCACAGGGCUGCUGAGCACCCCAGAGAGCCAGGGACCAGCAAGAGGGGCUUGAUUCUGCUCUGUCCUCACGGGGUACAAUGGCACCAGGGCAGAGGGACGUGUGCCGGGCACGAGGUGCGGCAGGUAUGUGUGCAGCAGCCCAGGCUGCCCUCUGCAAAGCCACAGCUGUGCACCGGCUGCUGGUGCUGCAGCUCGGAGGCAGCAGCGACAGCCUCUGGUUGCGUGAGGAGCGGGGCAGGAGGAGCACAGAGGCCCGGGAGCUCAGCACGGGGCUCCGGUAUAUGCUGCUGGAGGGGCUGGAGCAGGCAGUGGCAGGCUCCGAGGAGCGUCGGCAGCUGGAGCAGCUCUGGGUGCUCUUCCUCUCUGCGCUGGAGCUCUUCCUGCAGGACCUGCGCCGAGCUCACCACCUCUGCCAGCUCUUCUCUGUACAGAGAGGUGGCACAGCCCCACUGCACACUGGGCUGGGGGGGCGGCGAGGUGGGGGGCCUGUACAGUCCCCCAUUGCCCUGAGCCUGGAGGAGGAGAUGGAGCAGGUGAGGGCCAUGCUGGUGGAGACGGAGAAUAGAGUCAACAUCCCACUAUGGACAGUGGAGGCCACAGAACCAGAGGGGACAGGCAGCAGCAUGGGCAGGGUGACACAGGGAGAGCCUCCAACUGGGCAUUGCUGCAGCAUCCUUUGAGGUGACAGUGCUGGCAGUCCCUGUACCUGCUCAAGAGUCAUGAA